AUGGAGCAAGCUGAAAUAUUAGAAUUUAUUUUUAGCAGUUCAGAAUCUGAUUCUGAUUCCACUGAAUCAUCUUCUUCUUCUUCCGAAGAUGAUAUUCUUCUAUGUACUGAUGUGAGGGAGAAAAUUCCACGCAUGGAAGGUUAUUUUGAAAACAUUGUGAGCCAAAUGAGUGAUGGAGUCUUUAAAAGUCAUUUUCGUCUGCACAUACAUACCAUGGAAAGAAUUGAAAAUAUAGUGUCCGAGAGUUUUCAAGUGCAAGCUACUGGAAGACCAUGUGUACCUUUGAAAAAGCAAUUGCACAUGGUCAUUUGGUAUUUAGCAACACCCGAAUGUUACAGAUCUAUAUCUGACCGAUUUGGUGUGUGCCCAAAAACACUGUGGAAUUCAGUACAGAAAAUAUGUGCAAUACUAGUGCAGAAAGCCCCAGAAAUAAUUAAAUGGCCACAGUCGACAGAGCUACCUAUAAUCCAAAGUGAGUUUAAAAGGAUGGCAGGAGUACCUGACGUAAUAGGAUGCAUUGAUGGGACACAUAUUCCCAUCAAAGUGCCACUUGAGCACCCAGAAAGCUAUAUAAAUAGACACAGUUUUGCAUCUUUGGUUCUACAAGGCGUAGCAGACAACAAAUUAAAAUUUCUUGACUGCUAUGUUGGAGAAGUUGGCUGUGUCCAUGAUGCUAGAGUGUUCAGCAAAUCUUUCCUAGGGCAAAACCUAAGAACAAAAGUUCCCCAACCUUACCAUAUUUUAGGAGACAAAGCUUAUCCCUUAAGGAGUCAGUUACUGACUCCUUUUAGGGAUAAUGGCCAUCUCACUGCCAGUGAAAGAAACUAUAAUCACCUUCACUCUCAAACGAGAUGUACGGUGGAAAGGGCCUUUGGCUUAUUGAAAGGUCGCUUUCGUAGGCUGAAGGGUAUAGACAUGACUGAAGUGGUGAACAUUCCUGCUGUUAUUAUGGCUUGUUGUGUUCUCCACAACAUUUGUCAGGGUUUAAAUGAUGAAACCGAAGAGGAUGAUGAGCCUCAGCCAAAAGAAAAAGCAACUGAUGAUGAUGAGGAAACUUAUUCCAUAUCUGGAGUAAAUAAACGCCUCCAGAUUAUGCAAUUGCUCGCCUAAAGAUAAUUUACAAAAAUUAUUAAGUAUAUUGCAUUAUGUUGUUAACAUUAUG